AUGGCGACCAUCGACGAGCUGCUGGCGCGCCACGACGCGAAAGAAAAGUACGAAGCGGGCAAGAUUGUCAUCUGGUUCGACAACCGCAUGUGGACGACGAAAGACGACGCCUUCUCCUACAUCCAGAGCUACUGGACCUCCGGCCUCUACCGCAUGGGCUGGCCCUCGCUCUACAAACAAGACCUCGACCCAGGCUACAUUCGCCUAAUCUGGUACACGCACGUCGGCAACCAAGGCAGCCGCGACUUCCCGCUCUACAAAGCCAUCGCGGUGAAGGAAAUGUUCGACUCGCUUACAGACGAGGGCUUCCGGCCUAUGAUCUUGGGCUGGUCGGGCGAGAACCCCUUCCCCAUGAUUGGUGGCUUUCAGCCGAUGCCUGCGCCCAAAGCACCCAAGCCUCGGGUGGCGACUAGUUGGAGUGGGAAUGUGAGUGGCCAUGGGAAGGAGGGGAGCACGCCGCAUGAGCGGGUGAUGGCGAUUAUUGACAAGGAGGAGGAGCGCGAGGCGAAGAAGAGGAAGAAGGAGGUGGAGGAGUUUGAGGGGGAGAAGGGGGUGCAGUCGGUUGUGUGA